GGAUCACGCUAUCUCCCUUGUUUGUUGUACUUGUCACUCAACUAUCCCAGGAAUUUAACACGACAUGGCAUUAGCCAGUUCGCCGCAAUAAGGACGUUUCUGUUUAAACAGCGUCUUUUCCCCGCGAGAAAGAAUUAUCGUCAGUUAUCAAGAGUGAAAAGGGUCUUCAGAAAACGUGCGGCUGCUGAUGCUGACGAUGCACUAAUGUCCCCCAAAUGUGAGAUGAGUCUUUGAAAAGACCCCGUCCAUCCUCGAUCUGUGUGACAUCCUCUUCAUCUCCCUCCAUCGUCAUUGUACAUGCUCUUACAUGAAGAGAGGAGAGAAACCAGAGGGAUACAGGCAGAUGAGACCCAAGACGUUUCCGGCCAGCAACUACAGCGGCAACAGCCAACAGAUGCUGCAGGAAAUCCGGAACAGCUUGCGGAACUUGUCCAAGCCCUCUGACCCACCUAAAGGUGACAUUGCUGGGAAAAUGCUCCCGGAGGACAUCAUGAGGCAACAGGGGCGCUCCUUUAACCCCAAGAACCCUCACCAUAAGGCCUUACAGGAGAUCCGGGAGUCCCUGAUGCCGUUUGCCAAUGAGGCCAGCACUUCAACUGAACUCAAACACAUGCCCAUGGAGCCUCCGUUUUCUGGGUUUGAGGAGACUUCUAGUCGCAGUGCGGCAACAUCUGUUGACUACAUGACUAAGAUGACAUACCAGGACUCCAUCAGGGAACAGAUGGUUGCCAACUCGAACUCUACGAGCCUCAAAGUCCCAGGUGGUCCUCACAUGCAGCAGCCCCUACUGAGGAGGCCCAGCUGGAAGGGCUCUAAAGAGUCCCUGGCUCCUCGCCAUGCGAUGAUGUACCGCUCAGACAGUCCCGGGCCCCCCCCUGCCUUCCCCCAGGGUCACAUCCCCAACUGCCAGAGAGUCAACGCUCCCCUGCCUCCUCAGGUGCGCAGCGUCACACCUCCCCCAUGGGACAACAACCCGUCCACCAAGCGCUACUCCGGCAACAUGGAUUAUCUUGUGCCCCGCAUCUCCCCAGUACCUCCGGGCGCCUGGGCCGAUAGCUACCAAGCUGCCCCGCCUCAAAAUCCGCGUGGGAUCAGUCCGGUGCCUAUGAGCCACCAGCCCAUCAUCAUGCAGAGCUCGGGGGGAAAUAAGUUCACCUUCCCGCCUAGCUGGUCUCAGAAUGGCUCGUCUCAGGCAGAUUACAUGGCAGGAGGCAGCAGACAGCCUCCUCCCCCUUACCCUGUCACCCAAAGCAGCCGGCACAGUCCCACCGACCAGCAGAUGCAGGCAGGAGGACCCGCGUCCUCUCCGUCAUACGUGAAUGGUGGCAACAUUCCUCAGUCCAUGUUGGUCUCCAACCGAAACAGUCUCAACCUCGAUAUGUACAACAUGGGUCCUGCCCAUUCCUGGUCCCAAGCCCCCCUUAUCUCCAACCAGCCCCAGUCCUCGUCAGGCAGCAACAGCAACCAGGACCUGUCCCCGUCGUGGCAAAGUAACAUGCUGGUGCGUUCUAAUUCCUUCAACAACCACCAGCUCAACAACAGAACGGCCCACCCCGCCAGCUCCCAACCGUCGGCCACCACCGUCACCGCCAUCACGCAGGCUCCCAUCCUGCAGCCCGUUAAAAGCAUGCGAGUCCAGAAACCCGAGCUGCACACGGCGGUCGCCCCCACGCAUCCGCCGUGGAUGCAGCAAGCCGCGCCGCCUCCCGCUGCCCCCGCCUAUACAGAGCCCUCAGCACCCCUUCCUCAGAUCCCCAUCGUAGCGGAGGUACCCAGCUACCAGGGCCCCCCGCCGCCCUACCCCAAGCACCUCCUCCAGCAGCAAGCCGCCCCCUCACCCCCCGCGUACGACCAAGGCGCCGGCAGGCAUGGCGCUGGCAGGGAAGAAUCCCCCGAAGACGAGGGCGGCCUGGGAGACAACGCACGAGAGAAUGUAGUGGACGGCCCGGAGAGCAACGCGGAGAAGGAGAAGAAGCAGAUCACAACGUCUCCUGUCCCUGUGCGCCGCAGCAAGAAGGACGAGGAGCGCAGGGGCGAGUCGGGCCGAGUGGCUUUGUACUCGCCGCAGGCCUUCAAGUUCUUCAUGGAGCAACACGUGGAAAACAUCCUGAAGAACCAUCAGCAGCGCAUCCGCAGGAGGAAACAGCUGGAGUGUGAGAUGCAGAGGGUGGGCCUGUCAUCAGAAGCGCAGGAGCAGAUGCGCAUGAUGCUGUGCCAGAAAGAGUCCAACUACAUCCGACUGAAGCGGGCCAAGAUGGACAAAUGCAUGUUCAAACGCAUCAAGACGCUCGGCAUCGGGGCCUUCGGUGAGGUGUGCCUGGCCCGAAAAGAGGACACAGGGGCGCUGUACGCCAUGAAGACCCUCCGUAAGAAGGAUGUGCUGCUCAGGAACCAAGUGGCCCACGUCAAGGCCGAGCGGGACAUCCUGGCCGAGGCGGACAACGAGUGGGUGGUGCGUCUCUACUAUUCCUUCCAAGACCGGGACAACCUGUACUUCGUCAUGGAGUACAUUCCCGGCGGAGACAUGAUGAGUCUUCUCAUCCGACUGGGCAUCUUCAAGGAAGAGCUGGCUCAGUUCUACAUUGCCGAGCUCACCUGCGCCGUGGAGAGCGUCCACAAGAUGGGCUUCAUCCACCGCGACAUCAAGCCCGACAACAUCCUCAUCGACAGGGACGGACACAUCAAGCUCACCGACUUUGGCCUUUGCACCGGAUUCCGCUGGACUCACGACUCUAAGUACUACCAGAGUGGGGACCACGUGAGGCAGGACAGCAUGGACUUCAGCAAGGAGUGGGAAGAUCCCACCAACUGCCGCUGCACCGACCGCCUGAAGCCUCUGGAGAGGAGAAAGGCCAGACAACAUCAGCGCUGUUUGGCACACUCGCUGGUGGGGACGCCUAACUACAUCGCACCUGAAGUCCUGCUCAGGACAGGUUACACACAGUUGUGUGACUGGUGGAGCGUGGGUGUCAUUUUGUACGAGAUGGUGGUCGGACAGCCUCCCUUCCUCGCGACGACGCCCUUGGAAACGCAGCUAAAGGUGAUCAACUGGUCGAGCACGCUGCACAUCCCCCCUCCCGCCAAACUCAGCCCGGAGGCGUCCGACCUCGUCGUCCAAUUGUGCCGCGGCCCCGAAGACCGCCUGGGCAGGAACGGCGCGGACGAGAUCAAAGCGCACCCUUUCUUCAGGACCAUCGACUUCUCCAGCGACUUGCGGCAGCAGGCGGCGCCGUACAUCCCCACCAUCGCCCACUCUACCGACACCUCCAACUUCGACCCCGUGGACCCCGACAAGCUGUGGAGCAGCGACAGCGACGGCGAGGACGACCUGGGCGACAUGGGCUGCUGGUUCCGCAACGGCAAGCACCCCGAGCACGCCUUCUACGAGUUCACCUUCCGCCGCUUCUUCGACGACAACGGCCAUCCGUACAGCUGCCCCAAACCCAUCGAGUACGACGGCCUCAACGAGGACGAGGCGGACACUGAGGACACGGAGCAAGACCACGCCGGCAGCGGCCAGGUGGCGCAGGCCCGAGACCUGGUCUACGUGUAAUAGAACCAUUUUAAAGGUACUUAAGUAGCCAAUCAACCUGCUGACAUUUCUUCUUCUUCUUCCCAUUGGCUCCCAUAAAGCGUAAUUUAUUGAGGAUAGUGUGGGUACUUUUAAUUUAUAUUCUCUACUUAGCCACAUAGAUUUAAAUGUCAUUGCUCCAAUUUCACCAAAUAUAAAGAGGGUUGAUUAUUAUCAUUGUGUGUAGAAGUAGCUGCUUGAUUGAGUUAUUCAACUACAAGUCGCUCUUGUUUAAUUUAUACUCCUAUUUAUAAAUGAACUUGUACACAGUUGAUGUAAAUAUGCCACUACUCUCCCUAAGGGCAGGCCCUCUUCAGCGUCCACUGCUGCCGCCGCCUUCUUUUUACACUUUAAUUCGUGCUAGCCACCUCUCAACCAAAGCACUAACUAGGCGGGCUUGUCAUCUUCUCACUCCUCUGACCUUCACUCUUUGUAGCUGACACUUUUGUUGUGGACCGUGUUGCUCCAAAAGGUUGCGUACAAACGGGUGGAAGAGGGGAUGAAUGGAGAAUGGAAAGACGCAAAUGAACCAUGUAUUGUGAGUAGUGUAUCAUAAAAACUGACUGAGAGCAAAA